ACGUUCAGCUUCCACCAAGGGAGCUGCUGGUGAAAGCAAAACAUCUGGAUUAGAUUUUCUGCCAGAAGAAAAAGAGCAAGACAAAGAAAGAGAGAAGGAAAGACGUUUUCAUUGGCUGUAGUAGUAACACACAUCGAAGGGGGAGCGGUUUUAAAUACAACAAGGUUUUCAUACGCCUGGUGGAAAAAUGCGUUAAUACUCCACAACUCAGAGAGGCGGGUUCCGUGUGUGAAAAGGAUUGCUUUGCUCAAUACAGGAUUGUUUGGGGGAUUUUUAAUAAGAGACAACAGAUUUCAACAUUUGGAAAAGCAGCAUAUUGCAUAGCUAAUUUUUUCCUCUAUUUUUUUAAUACGAAAUGACUGCGCAAGUCGCCACAACUGCGUAAACGAGAACAUUUUAAUGACAUUUAUCAUUAAUUUGCGGUUGGGACAUUUUCACAUUUGUUGUACUUUGACUUACACUGCAUUUGGAUUCCGUGAAGUUUCAAGUUAAUAAACGACGUGCCUGGACGAUUAAAAAAAAAAAAAAAACCUUUUUCAAGCUGUGUUGAAAUGUUAUAAUCACCGAACGAUCAACCUGGAGUUAAGAAAUCAAACAAGAGAAGACUUCUCGAAAGAGUAAAAAACUAAAAUACUAAUAAUCUUUGGAUUACAAAUUGCAAUACAUGGGAGCACACAUUCCUCUGGGACCCGAGGGAUGAACAAUAUUUUAGAAGAGGAAAACGAGAGGCAAAACUCUCUGAACUCAGUGCGAUUCUAGGCGUUAAUGGCACGGGAACAGCACAUAACAGCAGGUGAUCCUCAAGUGCUUUCCUGGCUCCUUGGGUUAACGACACUGACAUGACCACUGCUUGCGUGUCAGGAACAACCCCAGGACAAGAAUGACUCCCUGCCAAGCCUUCUAGUACUGCAAAACUGUCACCAUGAGGAGCCUAUAUGGACAGUAUUACAACUUGUCCGUCAUCGAGGAGCAUUACAGAUACACAAAGAAUGUCUCCAAGGCUGGCGUCAUGGCCAGCACCAAGGACGGCCUCCCCACGGUGUCCAUCUUGUUCGUACUGGUGUGCUGCGUCAUCAUUUUGGAAAACCUGCUGGUCCUGAUCGCGGUCUUUCAGAACAAGAAGUUCCAUUCCGCCAUGUACUUCUUCAUCGGCAACUUGGCGUUUUCAGACCUUCUGGCCGGAUCGGCCUACAUUGCAAACAUCUUGUGGUCCGGACGCAGAACCUUUGAACUCUUCCCUGUCCAGUGGUUUAUAAGGGAAGGUACAGCUUUUAUAGCCUUGGCAGCGUCUGUUUUCAGUCUGCUGGCCAUCGCCAUUGAGCGCUACAUCGCCAUCACCAAGGUCAAGGUCUAUGGAAGCAACAAGAGCUGUCGGAUGUUCUUCCUGAUCGGCGCUUGUUGGAUAACUUCCAUAGUUCUCGGCGGCUUACCAAUAAUGGGGUGGAACUGCAUGAACAACCUUCCGCUGUGUUCGGCUGUCCUGCCUCUGUUCUCCAAGAUGUACAUCUUGUUUGUGGUCACCAUCUUCUCCAUCAUCCUCCUGUCGAUUGUGAUCCUCUACGUGCGCAUCUACCUGAUUGUCAAGUCCAGCCGCCGGGAGGCCGCCGCGUCGCCGGCUUACGCCUUGCUGAAGACGGUCACCAUCGUUCUCGGGGUCUUCAUCGCCUGCUGGCUGCCCAGUUUCGUCAUGCUCAUCCUGGACGUCUCCUGCCCGGCCCAGGGUUGCCCGAUACUCUACAAGGCACAUUAUACCUUCGGGUUUGCGACCCUCAACUCUCUCCUCAACCCAAUCAUUUACACGCUGAGGAGCAAGGACAUGCGCAAGGAGUUCUUGAGGGUCCUCUGCUGCUGGUGGAUCUUGAAAAACGUACGCUCCAAGGACCGCUGCAUGAUUCCUCUUAAGAGCUCCAGCUCUUUAGAACACUGCACCCACAAACACGAACACCAGACCCCCAUCAUGCAGGACUGUACAACGUGCGUAUAAGCUUUAGUGUUAAGUCUACAUCCCGAGUUUUUGUUGGGGGAUGGGUGUUAUAUAUACAGGGCGAUCAAAUAUCAAAGACUGUCAGGUUAUAAGGAGAAGAGUUGUGCUUGUCAAACAAACAGCCCACUAAGAUCAAGUUGCAUGGAGACAAUUCUAACCCAAGAGGUGAAAUUCAGAAAAGAUUCAGUCCAGUCAUGCUGCGCCGAGCUGCUCAGAGAUAUUAGGAAUGCAUUCACCAAAAGGUACAUCAGAUUAGGUCCUGAGGUUCAUUUCCAUCAAUUUGAAUCUCACACAGGGAUGAGUUUUGAUACCAAAGUAACCGUCAUAGUGAGGUUCUGCUGUCGCUUUGAGUCUUGUGUGGGAUGUGUCUUGUGGGAUCAAUUGCAAGCGUCUGUGCCGUUGUGUUCAGUGCAGUAUAUCGUACAAAAUCUGGUGGAAGUAUAAGCGAACAAAAGCAGGACGAGGGAGGUUUUGUGUUAUGCUGGGUUUUUUUUGUUUUAAGAAAUUGUGAACAAAUCCAAUCUUGUUAUAGGUGGAAGACUGAGAGGACAGGAGACUGAAUCCUCAACCCUGGACUGGAGGGAGCACCCUUUCUCUUACAGGGUGAGGGAGGGAGCAGAUCAGUCUUUAUAAUUCAAACCUACCCUGGACUGGAGGAAGCACCCUUUCUCUUAGGGGGUGAGGGAGCAGUUCAGUCUCUGUGCCUCAAGCCUGCCCUGGACUGGAGGGAGCACCCUUUCUCUUAGGGGGGUGAGGGAGGGAGGGAGCAGUUCAGUCUCCAUGCCUCAAGCCUGCCCUGGACUGGAGGGAGCACCCUUUCUCUUAGGGGGGUGAGGGAGGGAGGGAGCAGUUCAGUCUCCAUGCCUCAAGCCUGCUCUGGACUGGAGGGACCUUGAAGUGUAGUCCCCAUGCUCAAGCAAUGGUUUGCAUCUUAGCCAUCCAAGAAAGUUGUCUAAUCCACUAAAAUGCAUUUCACUUAGGCCCCUGUAUAUGUAGAGAAUAUGGAAUUGACUUUAAAACCACUACUAACCAAGGCAAGAGCCUACAGCCAGGAGUGGAAAGGGUUAAUACAGACACAACAUUGCAACCCAUUGUUGUAGGUGGGAGGAGAUUGCUUUAGGCACAAACAGGCUAUAAAUAUAUUUGAACCUUGCUUCUAUUAUCAUGCUUGAAAAUAUAAACAUAAAAAUGUAGGAGAUUUUAAAAGGCAUAAAGCAGAUCAUAUAUAUAAAACACACUUAAUUAAAAAUACAAAACAUUAUCUUAAUAUGACAUACAUACGGCAAACCCUAAUUUUAAACAGUAUUUAUUAUUUUAAAACUAUAAUUUGGCUAAACGUUUUUUCUGAUUUGCAGGGUAAGACCCUGCUUAAUCAGGCUCAAUACAGAAAUCUACCCCCCUCAUCACUACGGUACUAGUAGGAGUAAAUGCCAAACCAGAAUGAGUGAAUCUGGGAAAGCCCACAACAAUUCACUGAUAUUUAGCGGCUGCAGUUCACAUAGUUUUAGUUGCUGCAGCAGAAUGAUGGUUUUGCAGGACUGCCCAAGUUCUGCUGCAACAAUGAAAUCUUGACCCUUUUUACUGCAGCCACAAAAUCUGUAGAUUUGUAGUUAAAAAAAAAAAAAAAAAAAGUGAUUUGAUCUGUUUCUCAGCAUAACCCCGUAUUUUGGUUUUUGGUUCGAUGGGAUGCUUUUUGCUGUACACACAGCAAGGUUAGAAAAAUAAUCUGGACUCACUCAUUCAAUGGGGGGUUUCCUGCUUCGCUGACAAACAGUCGCUGUGACCCCUUGUGUUUUAUAGUCAAGAACAAAAGAAAAUACACCUUGGGUCAGUUUUCGAUCUGACUAAAUAUCCACCCCUCUGUCCAUUCCAUGCACAACCACCCAGUGGAGUCAUAAGACAAACUAACAAUUAACUAAUUGAACAGACUGUAUGCUGCACGGUGGUCGUGAAUCUAGUGAAAAUACCAUUAUAACACAAUGUGAUAACAUUCUAUUAAUACCCACGGAUUAAACCAUUAUUGAGCACCGCUGACCAGUGGCUGUGGCUGGAAUGUUUUAGAGCAGCAAAAGAAAAGUAAUAUACAGAUUUAAAAGAAUUUAAAGUCUGACUAUAAGCGCUGCAUCGGAGCUGUUAUCUAUUUAAUCUUGGGCCGACGCACGCAUGUGUACAAAAACCGACACAGUCUGUGAAACUUAAAUAAUGAAAAAGCACAUUGAGCAAGGCAUCCUUCUGUCGCUGCUGGUUUAACCUACAGUCUUCAUAGGAGAGCAGCCUUAAAAGUGUCCGUUCUUCUAAAGAACAAAAUAAAAAACAAGGUUCCCAUUGCAAAGCAGUCUGAAGCAUUCCAGGUUUUACUCUGAUUGCAAAACCUGGACUGGAUCAAGCAGCAGUGCAACGGGAGUCUUGUUUCUAUCCUUGGGGAUGAUUCAUAUAUAUAUAUAUAUAUAUAUAUAUAUAUAUAUAUAUAUAUAUAUAUAUAUAUAUAGUAUAUAUAGCAAGUAUUGCAUGUAAUGUGUUCAAUGUGUCUCCUGCCUACUCUCUAUGUUAACAGAAAUAUGUUUUUCAAUCCAUUGCCACUAUUGAGGAUAUAUAUAUAUAUAUAUAUAUAUAUAUAUAUAUAUAUAUAUAUAUAUAUAUAUAUAUAUAUAGCUAGAGUUGGAGGCAGAUUCAAUUGAAAAGAUACAGAGGAACUUGUACAGGCUGGACACACAUGUCACGUGAAGCAGUAUGAAGAGUUAGUACGUGGUACAGAAAGACAAGCCGUUUUCAUUUUAUAAUGUACCGUACUGUGGAAACCAAUACGCCGAUGGUGCAAGGCUUUUUCUGAGCUGGAGUUUAUGCUGUGUUGGGAUGCUAUUGUAAUCCCAGUGUAUUACCCUGGAGAUAGAUCCAUCAGCAGACCAUCACCAGCCAUGGCGAUGCAUACUGAACAAACGCUGCACCGUGGUCCUGAGACCUUUAGCAUAUUACCAAUGCAUCACACCAUCUUCUUGUCAUGUGACAGACAUGUAUGCAUUGCACUGCAGUCUGAAGUUGCAUGCUGCAUGCAUACUGUAGCACAGAAGAUCCACGCUGCAUGCCGUAUUGUUCCAUAACACUGUGUGUGCGUGUUCAGCCUUAAUUAGGUCUAAUGACUCACUUAAACAGAAUCAUUCACUGUUGCUACUUGUGUUUAGGGUGUGCCCUUGUGUAAGUGCCGUAGGGCUGUGGGAAAAAAGAAAGUUGCUCUGUAUUUUUGUACUGAAUCCGACUCUUGUCUAGAAUGUUUAAUGUGAAAGUGUGACGUCACAGCACAGUAUUAUUGUUGUUCGAUGAGAAGUUUUUAAUGUGUAGAAAAAUCGUAAUUUUUUAAAGCACUUCCAAAAAAAAAAAAAAAAUUAAUAGAAAAAAGAAAUUUGAAGAUAUAUUGAAGUCAUACCCAGACUGUUUGUUGGCGUUUUUGUUUUUGUUUAAAAAGGACGCAAUCUGCUAAUGUGAUUUCAAAGGCGACAUCGUUCAAGCGGUUUGUAAAUUUCAGUUCAAUGCAUGUUAAAACUACGAUUGCAAUGGCAUUACUGUGAUAUGUUGCAGUUACAGUGCUAGCUAGUGCAGAUUAACUGACAGUCACGCAUCUGUAUUGCCAUUGGUUCCAAUUGACUUCUCUUUUGAUUCAGUUAUUUUCAUCAGGGGCAGCAGAAACAAGAUUUGAUCUAUUCCAAUCUAAUCUGGACAGAAAAUAUGUUCUAUCUGUUUUGAAUGUGAUAAAUUAGAAAUGGUUAGUAAUACCUGAUUGCAUCCUAGGAUGUCCCCAAAGGAUACGUUAAGCAGUAAAAAAAAAAAACAUGAAA